UCCCCGAUUGCACCGCAGACCUGGGGCGACACAGCCGUAUGACGAGCGACAGGGACAAUUAAUGGAUGGGAGGAGUAGCUCGAGGGGCGAGCUUCUCUUCGGAUCCGCUCGCCGGUUGGUACAUCGGGAAGCACUUUGCCAGAGCUCCUGUGCCUUGAGCUCCAUCUGUGUGCGAGCACAGAAUCUGCUUUGAGCACUCGCUUUUUCUCCCGCACAAAAGAACCAAGAGCAGCAACAGCAGCUGAGAGCCGCAUUGAGCGCUGGUCUGACUCCCUCUCCACUUCAAGGGGACCCCGAGGGUCUGGCAGUGAGCAGUAAGAUAUCUUUUGAGUUUCCUUUACUAUCGAGCUCCCCACGCAGGAAUUAUGUGCGUACACAAAAAGAGAGGGGAAGAGGAGGAGGAGAAGAAUCCGUGAAGGGCCAACAAUUAUCUUCCCACUUAUCUGUGAGCACCCUGAAUAAAUUGACAUGACCAUUUUCUUUGCGUGAAGUGUUUGCCUGGCAAACAGUAACACCAGUUGCAUCAUGGACCUGAAGUAUGAGUUGCUCAACACCACCAUGUUCUGGUUUCCCUCAGCCUCUCAGUUUGACAGCUUCUCCCCAGAGACUCCUACCACUAAUGCCUCCAUAAACAUCACAGGCCAUCACUACGACUUAACCAGCAAUGCCAUCCUCACCUUCCUCUACUUCGUGGUUUGCAUUGUGGGACUAUGUGGUAAUACCCUCGUCAUCUAUGUUAUUCUCCGCUAUGCCAAGAUGAAAACAAUUACCAACAUCUACAUACUCAACUUAGCGAUAGCUGAUGAACUGUUCAUGUUGGGGUUGCCUUUUUUGGCAAUGCAAGUGGCUCUAGUUCACUGGCCAUUCGGAAAAGCCAUCUGUCGAGUUGUCAUGACAGUGGAUGGGAUCAAUCAGUUCACCAGCAUCUUCUGCCUCACAGUAAUGAGUGUUGAUAGGUACCUUGCUGUAGUGCAUCCCAUAAAAUCUGCCAAGUGGAGGCGGCCAACAACUGCAAAGAUGGUCAAUGUAGCUGUAUGGGUUAUUUCCCUUCUGGUCAUUAUGCCCAUCAUGAUAUAUGCUGGAGUGGCCAAUAACCACGGCAGCAGUAGCUGUACCAUAAUCUGGCCAGAUGAGUCUGGUGCUUGGUAUGCUGGUUUCAUAAUCUAUGCCUUUAUUCUAGGCUUCCUAGUGCCCCUUACUAUCAUCUGUCUUUGUUACCUAUUCAUUAUCAUCAAAGUAAAAUCCUCUGGUAUCAGAGUGGGCUCCUCUAAGAGGAAAAGGUCAGAGAAGAAAGUUACUAGGAUGGUCUCCAUUGUGGUUGCUGUUUUCAUCUUUUGCUGGCUGCCCUUCUACAUCUUUAAUGUCUACUCUGUUUCUGUCUUAAUUGUGCCCACACCAGUUCUCAAGGGCAUGUUUGAUUUUGUAGUGGGCCUCACCUAUGCCAAUAGCUGUGCUAACCCUAUCCUCUAUGCCUUCUUGUCUGACAACUUCAAGAAGAGCUUCCAGAAUGUUCUCUGCUUGAUGAAAGUCAGUGGCAUGGAUGAAACAGAUAGGAGUGACAGCAAGCAGGAUAAAUCCAGGUUAAAUGAAGCCACAGAAACCCAAAGGACACUGCUCAAUGGAGACCUCCAGACAAGCAUUUAAGACUUCUGCAACUGUCCAAUGAUCUUCUUCCUGCUUCUUAAUAGAAGAUAGCAGCCCACAGCAAGUCAGCUCCUUGGCCCUUCUCUUAUUGGAAUGGUUAUGCAUGAGAUGGAUUGGUUCAUGGAGUAGCUUUGCUUCUCAGCCAAGAAAGGACAGCCUUGGAAAGGUAUUACUCAAAAGGAGAAGUUAAUAUGUAUGGAUAACAGUCCAGAAGCACACACAGGUUUGUGCAGACUUGCACAUGGCAUAAUCAUGCCUUGUGAGAAUCCCUAUGGGCAAAUCUACCAGAGUGAAUCUGAGAUAAAAGAACCCCUCAAAGAUUUUUCAAUAGCUUACAUGUUCUAGAAUUUUAUAUGUUCAAUUUUUGAUAUUUGGAAUAAAUUUUUAAAGAGGACUUGGCUGAUACAAAUACUAGUCAGCCCCCUCAUCCCCUGUCCCAGUCAGGCCUAGGCAGCAGAUCUGCAUUCAGAAAAUGUUACCGAGGUAGGAGAACAGAGAUCUGGAAACUCCCCCACCUCCUAAAUUGCAGAU